AUAAAUAUAUUUUAAAUAUAAAAUAUCAUUUAGGAUAAUCACAGUACAAAAUAUGUAAAUCUUUUAUCCAGUAGUAACAAUGUUCGAUAUUUGAUGGGAGAUGACAAUGAAGGUUUUAUUAACAUUGGUUUAACAGAUUCAGUUGCAGUAUCAUGUCCAGAAAGUAUAGAAUAUUGGCAAAUUAUAAUUGCUAUAAAAAUAGAGAGCCUGAAUGGACUUAUAGCAACAAUACCAGGUGAUUUCUUCAAUAAAUAUAUCUUAUUAUUGUUAGAAGAGGGAAAAGUAAAGCUGAAAUUUUAUCAAGGAGAAACUUCUACUGCAAUUGAAAGUAUGGAACAUAUUUUAAUAGGAGAAUGGUUUGAAAUAGUAAUAGCUCAUGAUGGUAAAAACAUAUAUAUGCAAAUUAAUGGAAAUGAAAAGAGAUAUGUACCUUUAACUUUGUCAAAGACAAUAAUUACAUCAAGAACUGACAUAUUCUUAGGAGCUAUACGUGAUGAUAUGAGAGGGAAGAUAUGUUCUAACUGUGUAGACAUACCACAAAUAAGUUUUACUCUUGGAUAUCUCAACAUAAAUGGAAAAGAAAUAGAUCUUAUAUCAUUACCAGUUCUAGAAAUAAGUAGCAACCGAUUUUCUAGCCGUACUAUUAGUAUAUCUGAUUAUUAUGAAGAAAUACCAUUACUCUUAGGUCAAGAACUUAAAUUAUCAUGUGUCUAUAAUACAAUUCCUCUUGAAAAAGAACACACAUUUUCUAAACAGACAUAUGUUCUAUGGUUGAUAAUGGAUAAAUUAUUAAAAUCUUAUGGAAACAACAAUGAUUUUUUCAAUCUGAAAGAUGAUGGACGAGUUAGUACCGUUAGUAUUGCAAGCUAUAUAACUCGUGAUACAAUAGAAAACUUUUAUUCGUGUCAUAUUUAUCAUCAUAGAAAUAAAUCAAAUAAAGAUUUAGGUCCAACUCUCUUUACAUUUGGUAUUACUGUGAUGAACAAAAGUGAAGAAUUUGAAAGUACAAUUUGGAAACAAUGGAGUCUUAUCUGUAAAGUUGUGAUCAUGUGUUUCAUAUUCUUGAUAAUUUGGUGUUUAUUAGAAAUAUUUCAGGAUGCUCGAAAUGGGCAUGGUUUUUAUAGACUUCCACAAAUGCUUAACAUCAAUCCCACAUCCACUAUAAAUUUCAUCUUAUCUAAGAAUGGUGUAACAUUACUUGGUAGUCAGCAAGCUGCAAAUGAAGUUGUAUCAAGAAUUUUAGAAGAUAACUGAGCUUUUUAAUUAGACAAAGGACAAGAAGUAAUAUUAAUAAUAUAAUUAACAUAUUAGUACACUAAUAACUUAUUUUGUAAUACAGAAUUUAUAAAAAACAGAAGUAUUAAUUAGUGAAUUAAUAAAAUUCCCAUAUUCUUUUAAUGUUAUUACAAAAUACAUUUAUAUAAAUCUCUAAUUGUAACAGUAGACAUAACUACUUUCAACAAUAUUGAAGGUAAUAUCAAUAUUCUCUAAGUCACAGUAGUAUGAAAUAAUACGACUUUUGUAGGAAAAUAUUUAGAUGCUACAAAUUAAUAUAAAAAAUAUAUUUAUACAAGUAUUGUCUUACAGUGAUGGCAGCUUAUAUUUACAGUUUAAAGACAAUAUAGCAAAAAAUGUUGCGUCAAUUAUUUAAUAUAAGACAAAACAGCCAAUAUAUGAAUCUUUACCAAAAAAUCAUAAAUUUAUUUCAC